AUGUCGCGGCGAGACUCGCGUAAUAGUCUUGGAGCGCGUCAAAGCAAUGCCUUGGAGGAAUUUGAGAAUUUCAAGAAGAAGUACCUCCUGGUCAAUAAACACAUUGCAAAACUCAACUCUUCACUCAAUGUUCGUAUUGAAGAGCUUCUCUCGAAGAUAGCUGAGCUCAACAUCGACAAUCUGCGCCUUCGCGCAUCCGAGUUGAGUCUAUCACGCAAGCUGGAAAGUGAACAAGAGAAGAGUAGGAGACUAUAUAUGGAAGCGGAGGCUGCAACACAGCUAUUUUAUAGUCAAAUCACUUCCCUGCGGGAUGAAUUUGGCAUUGGGAAAUCUGCUGGGACCAAUCCACUUCGUGAACAGGCUGCGGCUGCUCGAAACCGCCUUCCCAAGAUACCUGCACCCCCAAUCGCGAGGCUUGCUAGACCGCCAGAGUUCGAAACACUCGCUGAAGCUGCAGAGGAAUCGACCUCUCCACGGUCCUCUCGGCGUACGGCAUACUCUCCACCACCCGAUCCUGUCACUCCAGUGAGCCGACACCGUAGCACAGGCUCUACACCCACCUCCGGUACGGCCGCAGAGACCACUAAGACUCCACCACCUGGUCAAGAGGAAAACCGAAGAUCGUCCGUUCCACUCUCCAUGGAAAUCACCAACGGCAGCUCGCCCCUCACUGCAUGCAUCUCUUCGGUGGAAAACCUAGCCCUGUCACCAAGCCCUACCCAAUCACCAAAGGAUGACAAGGGGCCGCCUUCAGUGGCACCAGCUGCAACGCCAGCUGUAGAGAAGCUUCCGGAGAGCAAAGACGAGAUUCCUCAUAUGACUUUUAAGCUCAACGGACUUAGACGAAUCUCACGUCGACCAAGCGGCCUCCUGAUGACGGAACAAGACAAGUUUGGCGUGCCUCCUGCGAAGAAUACGGCCAUGCCUGUCUCUGUCGAGAUCCCCUCGUUGGAGUCCAAGGCAGGACAGGGGUCGUAUCCUACUCCACUUUCUGCAAAGGACGUACCAUCCACUCCACCGAGGUCUAGAUCGAUGCUCGCGCCUCCAGGGGUGUCACCAGCCACGUCGACCAAAUCUAUCCCGAUGUCGCCCGUCCUCUCAGCCAACCCUGCUCUCUCUCCCCCGCCAACAAAGAAGAUAUCGCUCACACGUCGUCAAUUAGACUUUGGUAUCGUGGAUUCAGAAGACCAGUCAGACGAGGAUGAUGACGCCGAGUCGGGUGAAAAGAUGCCUGUAGCGGAAGGUUUGCUCGGGAUCGAAAGCGAUAGCGUUGUAGGAAAGCGAGCUAUGAAACGCAAGGAACCGGAAGAUGGAGAUGACAUAUUCUCUGCUGCGCCGAAACCUGCUACUUCCCGAAAGCGCCAGGAGCGCCGCCGUGAUACGGGACCAGUGCACACUGGCAUGGUCUUGCAGGAGAAGAGCAGUAUCGAUACCAUUCUGAAGGAUCGAGAGAGCAAAGACAGCCUACGCGAUGUUACAAACGAGCGAACUACACCACCUUUGGUCAUCAGGCCUACGGACGAAAAGCCAAAGAUCAGUGUUGGUAUCGGAAUUGGGAAGCCCGCGCCCUCUGUGAAAUCUGCCGAGAAUGGAAUUCCUCCACUGUCUGUUGCUGGCCUCGCUGCCAAGCUGGAACGACUCUCUACGCGACCGAAACCUCCAGCUCCGCCUGCUCCUCUACCACUUCCCUCUUCUGACAAGGACGUGAAGAUUCCUCUUGCUGACGAAGAUGUUCCUGUCGACGCCAAACCCGAGUCAGUCGGUGCUGAGCUCGGGAGGCGUGAAUCUGGUAGACAAAGGAAAAGCGUCAAUUACAAGGAACCCAGUCUACUCAGUAAAAUGCGGAAGCCUGAUCCUGGUCCACAAUCAUCAUCUUCUGCACCCUCUUCCUCUGGAUCCUUCACUACGACGAGUCUCCAGGCUGCCCAGAAACCUCCUCGGCGCAAAAAGGGAAGCAUAUCUCUUAUUGGUGACGUUGUGAAUGAUUCUACGGCCUCAUUGGUCUCCAAUGAAGGCGAAACUCGCAUAGCGAGCGGGACAGUAACAGGUGAAAUGCCACAACCUAUCGACAUCGACCGCAAGCGACGGCGGACAGCACCAUUUCGGAGAUUUGGAGACUUAAGUGACGAUGACGAUGAUGACAGCGAGGAGGACCAACCAGGCAAUACCAAGCAAUCGACGCCUGCACCGAAUCAGUCGCGAUACACUUUUUCGGGCCUUCAAGGCCUUCGAGGUCCCAGCAUCUUGUCACGGGGCGCCAACCCCAUUGUCGGGAGUGCCCCACCGAGCGCAUCGUCUGCUUCGGAGACCAUCUCAGUGGCUGUCGCACGGACUACAGCGGCACUUCGCAUGGCUCCUGGCGCAGCGAGAGAGCGACUUAGAGAGGAGAUUACUUCAGGUAUCACUUCGGGUGCGCGGAGAGAACGUGAAAAGGAACGUCUAAGAGAGGAGGAACGGGAAAGAGAACGAGAGCGGGCACGAGAGACGCCGAACGAUGUCGCAGUCUGA